AUGACGCUCCCCGAACACCCCAUCGAUACCCCGCCGCGCGCACCGAGUCCAGUGCACAGGUUUGGCACCCUGGCUGUGCACGCCGGCAGUCCGCAUGAUCCUGUCACGGGCGCUGUGAUUGAGGCUAUCUCUCUUUCCACCACCUACGCGCAGACGGCCGUAGGAAAGCCGGUAGGCGAGUACGAGUACUCGCGCUCCUCAAACCCCAAUCGCGACAACUUUGAACGCGCAGUCGCAGCACUCGAGCACGCCCGCUAUGCGCUCGCCUUCAGCUCCGGCUCGGCCACCACGGCCAACAUCCUGCAGUCGCUCGCCGCAGGAUCCCACGUCAUCUCCGUCUCCGACGUCUACGGCGGUACGCACCGCUACUUCACCAAGGUCGCCCUGACCCACGAUGUCAAGGUCACUUUUAGCCCUUCGAUCGAGAUUGACAUCGCCGAGUUGAUCCGCCCAAACACAAAGCUGAUCUGGAUCGAGACGCCCUCUAACCCAACCCUCACGCUCGUCGACAUCCGUAAGGUCGCUUCCAUCGCGCACCAGCACGGCAUCAUGGUGGUCGUCGACAACACCUUCAUGUCGCCGUACGUCCAGAACCCGCUCGACCACGGCGCAGACAUUGUCGUGCACUCCGUCACAAAGUACAUCAACGGCCACUCGGACGUUGUCAUGGGCGCUGCCGCCUUCAACAGCCCGGAGCUGUUCGACCGCCUCUCUUUCCUGCAGAAUGCCAUCGGCGCUGUGCCCUCGGCCUUUGACUGCUGGCUCGCCCACCGUGGUCUGAAGACGCUGCAUCUCCGCGCCCGCGAGGCCACCAAGAACGCCACAGGCGUCGCAACAGCCCUCGAGGCCAGCCCACACGUCGUCUCCGUCAACUAUCCCGGCCUUGACUCGCACGCUCAGCGUGCCAUUGCACUGAAGCAGCACCGCGACGGUAUGGGCGGUGGCAUGCUGUCCUUCCGCAUCCAGGGCGGCCACGAGGCUGCUGAGCGCUUCUGCCAGGCUACCAAGAUCUUCACGCUUGCCGAAAGUCUAGGCGGUGUCGAGUCGCUUGUCGAGGUUCCGAGUGCGAUGACACACGGCGGCAUCCCGAGGGAGCAGCGCGAGGCAGCGGGUGUCUUCGACGACCUCGUGCGUAUCAGCUGCGGUGUCGAGGACGAGCUGGAUCUGGUGGCAGACGUGAUGCAGGCGAUCGAGAAGGCAGUCGUAGGACCGAAGAUCAAGAACGGUCUUGCCUAG